AUGCUCAAGUUGGCCGCUAACAGGAAGGGAAUCACCGGCCGGCUGUUCAGCGCCGGCUACAAAUACUUCUCCAAGGCGCCCGGCUCCGCAACCAGCUCCUCAUCCACCCCCAAGCACCGCUACAACACCACCACCUGCUCGUCCGUCUCAUCCCUCUUGCCCUCAAAUACCCCUUGCUCAUCAUCAUCCUCUCUUACUAGGUAUCCCCACCAAAGCCAAGAAGCCCAAACCCGCCGUCUGGCAGACUUCUCAUUCAUGCUAGGCGACGACAAGUUUGCCAGCCAGAUGUACGACUAUCUGCGCAAGGACGCGUUCAACGACCAAGGACAGUACGACGACCUCACCUCGGGCCUGAUUUACGAGCAAGUAGCCCGGAUUGUCCCGCCCCGCCAGGCGGCGCUAUACACCAUCCUGGCCGCCCAUCGCUACGCGUCUGCCGAGCAGAACUGGCUCUCAAAGGUCUGCCUCCAACAGGCACCCCAGUUCGUCGGCUGGGCGCGGAUUGAAGACUACGUCGUCCACAAGAUGACUCGCAUGGCUGAGCUCGACGCCGAUUGGCCCGCGGCGCUUGUCCGCUACUGGAACGUGCUGCGGCAAAGGAUCCUCUCGGGCGCUGGAGAUGCGGACGAUGAUGAGCUCUAUCUCACCAAAUUCAGAGCGCUGUAUCCAAGGGCUAUCAAGGCCAAUCCGUCCCUGGAACUCCCAAGGAUCGAGGAUAUCUCCCUGUUCGACGUCGAGCGCUGCAAGAUCUGUGUGCCCCACCAGAACCAUCUUCGGGCGUAUCCAGACAUCAAUCCAGCCGUGUGGGAAGAGCUCGGUGCCCGCUGCCCGGGCACCCCUGGCUUGACCAACACACCCAACGAGCCCAGCACGGCGGCCGUCAAUGUCCGAAACCCGCUCCAAACUUCAAUCAAUGUCACCCAGAUCCAGAUCCAGGUGGCCAACCCCUCCUCUGAUCCUUUAUCGAACCUCGAAAUAGAUCCCGUCAACAACCUUGAACUUCUCCCCCUCGAAACCCGCGAAUGA